UACAUUUCUAGCGCUCUGAUGCUGGAAAAGAUUCUGAUAUCAAAAGAAACCCUCGGAAGCCAAUUGAUACUGUGAUCUGGAAAGCUUUUCUGCCUUUCGAGCUUUUUUCUCUUUUCCCACACCCCUUCUCACCCCCCCCUUCCUAUCGCUCUUUCUCUCCUCCCUUCUCGGAUAGCCACAGCCCCCUAGAGCUGAGUCAGACCUUCCUCCUCUUCCACAGCAUUGCAGCACUCCAGCAAGGAAAGCCAGCCUUCCGCCUCUCUGUCUUUUUCCCUUGCAGUCUCUUCUUCGCUACCCAUCUCACCAUCAUGGCCAGCACCGUCUCAGCUUACAAAGAGAAAAUGAAGGAGUUGUCCCUUCUGUCACUGAUCUGCUCCUGCUUCCACACCCAGCCACACCCAAACACCAUCUACCAAUAUGGAGAUAUGGAGGUCAAGCAGCUGGACAAGAGGGCUUCUGGUCAGAGCUUUGAAGUGAUUCUGAAGUCACCUUCUGACUUGUCUCCCGAGAGCCCUGUCCUCUCCUCUCCCCCAAAGAAGAGGGACCUCUCCCUGGAAGAGCUGCAGAAGAGGUUGGAGGCUGCGGAAGAGAGGAGGAAGAGCCAGGAGGCCCAAGUCCUGAAGCAGCUGGCUGAGAAGCGGGAGCAUGAGCGGGAGGUGCUUCACAAGGCCUUGGAGGAGAAUAACAACUUCAGCCGGCUGGCUGAGGAGAAACUCAACUACAAGAUGGAGCUGAGCAAGGAGAUCCGCGAAGCUCACCUAGCUGCUUUGAGGGAGCGACUCCGCGAGAAGGAACUGCAUGCAGCUGAGGUGCGCAGAAACAAGGAGCAACGGGAAGAGAUUUCUGGAUAAAGGGCUUUUCUACACAACUAGCACCUGCUUCCUAACAACUAACAAACAAAUCCCAACACUUUUUUUUUAAAUCUAGAUAAGGCAACAUCGAAUUUCUCCAUUUUUGUUUCCCCUACUCUUUCUUCCUUCCCGUGUAGCAAGCUACAUCUCUCUCCCCUCUCUGUAUCCUUAAUUUGUGGAGGGGUUCAGAUGAACCUCUCUCAGCAGAAUAGCAAUUAACACACACAUUAACUAUAGAAUCCAUAAACCAGCUUCUCUUUGGGCUAUUGUUCAGAAAAAAAUAAUAAUCUUAAACUAGUGCACAAGAAUUAAGACCACGAAUAGGAUGCGUUCAGCGGCGUUGUUCUCUAAGAACCACCUGCUGCUCCUGCAUCUUUCCUCCCAGGUCAAGGAAGGAUAUAGGAUUGGACCAAGAGGAGCACUUCCUUGUCAAAGAAGGCAAUCAGGAUGAUUCACCCACCACGUCUUUUUUAGGUAUACACCUAUGUUUGUUUUGAGUGUACAAUGGAAGUGUAGAAUGAGGACAACUGUGUGUUUGCAAACAAGUGUCUUGCAUCCAUAGGCUCAAACCAUUGGCUGCACUGAGCAUCGUUUCCAUGGCCAAUCCCGGCCGGCCACAGUGUAAUGGGCCCAAAGAGACCCUCUGCUUUCUCAGGAUCUGAAGGAGGGACUUGGAAGGCUUGAGGGACUUGGUUGGAAAAUGCCUUUUUGCAGCUUAGUUUGUUUUCUCUUCUACUGACCGAUUUCUAGCAGACGAGAGACUUUAGCAAGUAGGCCACACACACAAAAAAGAGAAGCACAGCAAGCAUGAUCCGCUGCUCUGUUUUGCCUUAGGCAUCAUCAUAGCUAUAGAAUUACAUGUUCCUUUAGGAUGAAUUUCUCUUCAGGGUUCGGGGAUCCCCCUUGCUUCAACGGGGAGUUGUGUUUGAUGACCCUCGGGGUCUCCUCCAGCUCUUACAGUUCUAGAUUUGAUGGCAACACCCAGGUUUCAUGUUGUUAAAAAAAAAAAGCAUCUCGACAUUUCAGACACCAGUUCAAUUUGGUCACAAAGGUCAUAGGAAAAUUGCAUGCCUGCACAAGAGCCUGGAAGGCUCUAGUUAAACACUGCCAGUGGGGAUAGUAAGCAGCACCUUGUGAGAAGUAUUUCAAGGGAUGGACGUGAGUAACGUUUAUGGGUCUCUCUUUAAAAACAAAGCAAGCAGGAGCCUUUUAAAAAAGAAACUCUGAUAGUCACAGCUUCAAACAUGUAGGGAAGAAACCGCUUGAAAUAAAUAAAUAGAGAAUUGUAAUGUACUGGAA